CCCACAAGAGCCAGCUCUCUGGAGCCCGUAACCUUCCCAUCCCGGGAGCUGCAGUUCCAGCCGCGGCAGUAAGAACGCAGCGCCCGCGACCGCGGCGGCGGCGGCGGCGGAGGCAAGAGCAGCCUGGGCGGGUCGCAGGGUCUCCCAGGGCACAGGAAGGCGAGCAGAGAUACCUCUGAGAGCCAAGCAAAGAACAUUAAGGAAGAAAGGAGGAAUGAGGCUGGAUACGGUGCGGUGAAAAGAGGCGCUUCCAGGAGAGGGGGACUCGCUACCCGGGACUCACGGUGCUACCAGCAUGAGAACUUACCGCUACUUCUUGCUGCUCUUUUGGGUCGGUCAGCCCUACCCAACUUUCUCCACUCCGUUAUCUAAGAGGACUAGUGGUUUCCCAGCAAAGAAAAGGGCCCUGGAGCUCUCCGGAAACAGCAAAAAUGAGCUGAACCGUUCGAAAAGGAGCUGGAUGUGGAACCAGUUCUUUCUCCUGGAGGAAUACACGGGAUCGGAUUAUCAGUACGUGGGCAAGUUACAUUCAGACCAGGAUAGAGGAGAUGGAUCACUUAAAUAUAUCCUUUCAGGAGAUGGAGCAGGAGAUCUCUUCAUUAUCAAUGAAAACACAGGCGACAUCCAGGCCACCAAAAGGCUGGACAGGGAAGAAAAGCCCGUUUACAUCCUUCGAGCACAAGCUAUCAACAGAAGGACAGGAAGACCUGUGGAGCCGGAGUCUGAAUUCAUCAUCAAGAUCCAUGACAUCAACGACAAUGAACCAAUAUUCACCAAGGACGUUUACACAGCCACUGUCCCCGAAAUGUCUGAUGUCGGGACAUUCGUUGUCCAAGUCACUGCAACUGAUGCUGAUGAUCCAACUUAUGGGAACAGUGCCAAAGUCGUCUACAGUAUCUUACAGGGACAGCCCUAUUUUUCAGUUGAAUCAGAAACAGGCAUCAUCAAGACAGCUUUGCUCAACAUGGAUCGUGAAAACAGAGAGCAGUACCAAGUGGUGAUUCAAGCCAAGGACAUGGGCGGCCAGAUGGGAGGAUUAUCUGGGACCACCACAGUGAACAUCACGCUGACUGAUGUCAAUGACAACCCUCCCCGAUUCCCCCAGAGUACAUAUCAAUUUAAAACCCCUGAAUCUUCUCCGCCGGGUACACCAAUUGGCAGGAUCAAAGCCAGUGAUGCUGAUGUGGGAGAAAACGCUGCGAUUGAGUACAGCAUCACAGAUGGUGAGGGGCUGGACAUGUUUGAUGUCAUCACCGACCAGGAAACCCAGGAAGGGAUCAUAACUGUUAAAAAGUUCUUAGACUUUGAAAAGAAGAAAGUGUACACCCUCAAGGUGGAAGCCUCCAAUCCCCACGUGGAGCCCCGAUUUCUCUACCUGGGUCCAUUCAAAGAUUCAGCCACAGUGAGAAUCGUGGUAGAAGAUGUGGAUGAGCCCCCUGUCUUCAGCAAAGUGGCCUAUGUCCUGCAGAUAAGAGAAGAUGCUCAGAUUAACACAACAAUAGGCUCAGUCACAGCCCAGGAUCCAGAUGCUGCCAGGAAUCCCGUGAAGUAUUCUGUUGAUCGACACACAGAUAUGGACAGAAUCUUCAACAUUGAUUCUGGAAAUGGUUCGAUUUUUACAUCGAAACUUCUUGACCGCGAAACACUGCUGUGGCACAACAUAACAGUGAUAGCGACAGAGAUUAAUAAUCCAAAGCAAAGCAGCCGAGUACCUCUGUAUAUUAAAGUUCUAGAUGUCAAUGACAAUGCCCCAGAAUUUGCUGAGUUCUAUGAAACCUUUGUCUGUGAAAAAGCAAAGGCAGAUCAGUUGAUUCAGACUCUACGCGCUGUUGACAAGGAUGACCCUUACAGUGGACACCAAUUCUCCUUCUCUUUGGCCCCUGAAGCAGCCAGUGGCUCAAACUUUACCAUCCAAGAUAACAAAGACAACACAGCAGGAAUCUUAACUCGGAAAAAUGGCUAUAAUAGACACGAGAUGAGCACCUAUCUCCUGCCUGUGGUCAUUUCAGACAACGACUACCCAGUCCAAAGCAGCACUGGGACAGUGACUGUCCGGGUCUGUGCAUGUGACCACCAUGGGAACAUGCAGUCCUGCCACGCGGAAGCCCUCAUCCACCCCACGGGACUGAGCACGGGGGCUCUGGUGGCCAUCCUUCUGUGCAUCGUGAUCCUACUAGUGACCGUGGUGCUGUUUGCAGCUCUGCGGAGGCAGCGAAAGAAAGAGCCUUUGAUCAUUUCCAAAGAGGACAUCAGAGAUAACAUUGUCAGUUACAAUGAUGAAGGUGGUGGAGAGGAGGACACCCAGGCCUUUGAUAUCGGCACCCUGAGGAAUCCCGAAGCCAUAGAGGACAACAAAUUGCGUAGGGACAUAGUGCCUGAAGCUCUUUUUCUACCCCGACGGACUCCAACAGCUCGUGACAACACCGAUGUCAGAGAUUUCAUUAACCAAAGGUUAAAGGAAAAUGACACGGACCCCACUGCCCCCCCAUACGACUCCUUGGCCACCUAUGCCUACGAGGGCACCGGCUCUGUGGCCGAUUCCCUGAGCUCUCUGGAGUCGGUGACCACAGAUGGAGAUCAAGACUAUGAUUACCUUAGUGACUGGGGCCCUCGGUUCAAAAAGCUGGCGGAUAUGUAUGGAGGGGUGGACAGUGACAAAGACUCCUAAUAUGUUGCCUUUUUCAUUUUCCAGUACGAAACUGAAAUAUGUGAAGUGGCUAUUUCUUUCUAUUUAUCCACUAUUCCGUGAAGGGUUCUCUGUUCUACCCAUUCCAAAAGCCAAUGGCUGCAGUCCGUGUGGAUCCAAUGUUAGAGACUUUUUUCUAGUACACUUUUAUGAGCUUCCAAGGCAAAUUUUUAUUUUUUAGUGCAUCCAGUUAACCGAGUCAGCCCAACAGGCACGUGCUGGAGGAGAGGACGGGGAGCGGUAUUUUCACUUGUUCUCACAGGGCGAGUUUAGAAAUUGCUGGCUAUCGCUGGCCUGACGUUUACUAGACUCCAUUGCCUCAGGUCAGCAGACUGCUCCCACUGUACAUUUCACAUGCUAACGGGAGAAGGGAUUGUGCUUUCAUGAUAAAAAUAUAGUUUUAGUUUUUAAAAAGUAAUAAUAAAGAAGGAGCAACUGGGAAGUCAUUCCUUCUCUAUCAGCUCACAAGGAGAUAAUAAACUACAUAAGAGUAUUCCUGUUGCAAAGAAUCUAAAAUGACAUUCAGCCCAUCUUGUUUGUGUUUUGAGAACUUUUUCUGGCACCAGCUAUUAUUCAAAACAUCCAAUCCACGUUUUAAGAUUCUUGUUUCUCUUAAGGAAUAAAAGUAAAUGAAAUGAUAACAUUCAAAGAUAACAAUAACAGAAAAGUAAUAAGACUUCAUUAAUUUGUUACAUGUGAGACAUGCAAGAGUUUGCCAUUAAACCAUAGAAAGACAAAGAGAAAAUAGCGAAUGAUGUUAACAAAGGAAAUGUUUAGCAUAUUUGAAAGUUUUGGUUACCAGAUGUGUUGCAGAUCACUUGAAAUUGUUUCAACUCUCGAUAGGCUAAUGAAAAAUAAGAACAAUUACUUAAAAGUCUCUGAAAGAAUUUUUCUGAGACAAAUGUUAACUCAUUGUCCAUACUUGUUUUCAGUAUUGUUCCACCAUACCCUGAAAGCAUCAGUGUGAAGUACAAGAAUUCUUAUCCUUCAGAUACUUCCCACAUAAUUCACUUGGCUUAGUAAAGUUAGAUUAAAUGAACUCAAAUCCUCCUCUUGGAGUUCCAGGGAGAGAUUAGAGCCAGCCACAUAUGAACCUAACACUCUGCCCUUCACAUCCAGAAGCAUCUACAUACUUAGCCAAUGUGACAGGUAAAGAUGUACAUCCUUGAGAUCAUGAUGAAAAUGAUACAUUUCAUGACUGAAGGAUGCUUACAAACUUGGAUUCCCUUCAACAGAGUGUUUAAGAUUGGAAUUAAAAUGAUAGCCGACUUUCAAAAGUAUUGAGUUUUUUUCCAUUGUUUUUAACUUUGCUUCCACGGCAAUCUUUCCAUCCUGGUCUCUGAACUAAUGAUAAAGUAAUGGUCUCAAACCAUGACAGAAAAGUAAUGUAAAAUCCAUCCAAUCUAUUAUUUCUCUAAUUAUGCAAUUAGCAUCAUAGUCAGUUAUUAUCCAGAGGACCCAAGUGAACUGAACUAAUCCUUCUGGCAGGUUCAAAUCAUUUAUCUCAUAUGGCUGUUCUAAUGACUUUUAUCAUUAGAAUCUUACAUCGUACAGUUAUCAGAAAUUUCCGAGGUACUGUAAUGAAAACAUCCUUGUUUGAAAACUUUUAAAAUAGACUCUGUGUAUAUAACCCUAAUAUAUACUUGAGAACGUGCUGACUUCACUUAUUAAUCUUAGGGAUUUAUUUUCAAUUAAUGUUAAUUUUCUGCAGAUAAUCUAGAUGUCUUUCCAUUUGGAGAUAAUGGCACAUCAGCACAUAUUUUCUAUUUGGAAACAUACUACUACUGUUCAGUUAAGUUUAAAUAUGUAUAUUACCCAGGAAGUAAAUGUGGGCACCUGUAAAACAAGAGAAAUGUGGAAUUUGGGUGAAAAAACAAGUGAAAAGUUUUUUACAACCAUAUUAUUCCUUGUGUUUCCCAAAUGGUUUCCUAAUUUCUAAUGGACUGCCCUGGAUCCUAAUAAGCAUUUCAUGCUUGGGCUAUUCCAAGCUUUUUAUAAUUUACUUUUUUUAGUUCUUCAUACACACAGAGCCACACACAUGUACACACAUACACACACACACACUCACACACAUAUACACACACAGAGGAAUGCAUACAAAAAGUUACAGGAGGGCUUCACUGUAAUGAAUUAGUAGGUAUUAUAGUCACAGGUAAGUGUUGAAAAAGAUAUUUUAGUAAAAUUAAUUAUUAAGAACUAGUUAUAGCAGUAGAACAGCACCUUAAUCACACAAUUUACUAUAAAACUAAAGAAUGCUCUAUCCUUGUGAUUCACAUCAUGUAACAAAUUGAACCAAGAAAGAUAGUUCUGUAGAAAGGAAAGGUAUCAUCAAAAGUUGUCCUUCUGAACUUGUGGAGUUAAUUGGAAUUUCUGAGGGUUGACAUUAGCAAUUGCCAAUGUUUUAGAGCAAAGUUGAAUUUCUCCUUCUAAGUGAAUUCAAGUAGCUCUACAGUGGGACAUUUGAAAUGUAAUUGGCAGGGUAUGGUGUCAUGCUAAUAGACCAAAUAUUGAAAUAAGUGUUUAAUAUUACCACAAAAGCUCAUGGUGUAGUAAAUCUAUAGAAAAUUGGAUGCUCUGAGCCUGGAGUUGAAUAUUUAGUACCACUGUCCUAUAAGGAUCAAGUCGAAGUGGCAUUUUCCUAUGAGUCUCUCCUUGACAACCUCCAAACAGUAAGAGUCACAGUUCCAUCAAUCUCCUGCCUGGUCUUAUUUUCUUCCCACCAAAAUAUCAGCUCAAACACUGCUCCAUGUACACAUUUUGUUAAGUGCCAGAUCCUGGGUCAACAUGAAAGGUUACUGAAGAGAAAAAAAAAAUCAUUUUCAUCUCAUUUUU